UAUGAACGAGCUAGAGAAAUGAAGGGGAUUCAGGUGCCUGUGCUGCUGAUAUGCCUGACCCUAUACACUCCUGCAACAGGUUUCAUAUUGCAAGAAACUACAUUCUGCACUUUUGGGGACACAGAAGGAGGAAAUGUGACAUUUUAUUACAUGAUUUCAUUUAACCGCCUGCCAGUGGUAGAGUAUGACAAGACUGACAAUAUGUUUGUUGCAAUGAUUCAUGAUGCUGGACCUAUCAGUACUCAGUUUAAUAAAGACCCAGAAAUGAGGAAAGAAAUACAGCAGGAAGAACAAAAGUGCAAGGAGCAGGUGAAGAAAUUUUGGGGAGGAACCACAGAGAGGAGUGUUCAACCAUCCAUGAUGGUCUACCACCCGAGUCCCAGCAUGAUACAGACACAAAUGCUGGUUUGCCAUGUUUGGGGGUUUUAUCCUAAGAACAUUAAAGUAGCGUGGGUAAAGAAUGAAAACACUGUCGUCGUUAACUACACUGAGGCUAAUGCUGUUGGAGACUGGACCUACCAACUUAUGGCGCUGCUAAAUUUGAGAGAUUCUAAACCUGGAGACUAUUACGAGUGUGUUGUUCACCAUUCCAGUUUAAAGGAAAUUAUGUCGCAAAAAUGGGAACCUGGACUUACCUCCACACAGAUCAUGAAGAUCAGCAUCUCUACUGCAGUAUUUGCUUUAGGAAUAUUUUCACUCUCUACAGGAUGUAUAUGUUGGAUGCUAGCCAAAAGAGGUGGUUACAUCCCAAUCAAAGAAUACAAUCGAGGAACCUAACAAAAGUUUACAAGUUUGUUAUCUGCAGUCAAGAUAUAUGUGGAGAAUCUCUCUGAUCAGUGGGAAAUAUUCAGUCUCAUAUCUUCUGAAGUGGCCAAAGAGGGACAAAUAUACCCCUGAAGACAAUGCUAUCUUUGCUGCUGUCUCUGCUAAGAUGUCAUACACAGCUUUAAGCACUCUGAUAUUGCAGUGCAGAGACCCUCAUAAAGAGACCGUAUAAAUGAAGAGAAAGGAAUGUAAUUAGGCAUUUUUUAUUAACUGAAUUUACUCCUAAAACUUGAGAGAAUUUCAAAAAGAGACAGUUAUGGAACUAGGAGGGAUAGAGGGAAUUAAACUUAAUUGGAUAGUA